AUGAUCCCAAGAAAACACACAGUCAAGCUUCUUGGAGUGUUGAGUGUUGUUUACAUUUGGAUGUAUACCUGUAUCAAUGAUGAAACUUGCCAAACAAAAACUUGCGGAGAAAAUAUAAUUUAUUUUCAUCAUACAAAUUUUGUUAAUAAAAGUACGAAGAAACUUUUAAUAUGGACAAAAUAUUUUUUUAGGGAUUUGGCUGAAUCUGUUUCAACAACAAUCAAUAGAAGCAAACAUACAUGUACUGCAACGUCAGAUCGAAGUCAGCUUGGCAGCGCUGAUGCUGUUCUUUUCCACUUUAUUGACCUCUGGUUUUGGGAAACAGUACCUUCAUUUAGAAGGCCAGAUCAGGUCUGGGUAUUAUAUAACAUGGAAGCUCCACCCCAUCAUCACUUUACAGGACCGACAUGGUCACGUGUUUUCAACUGGACCAUGACAUACAGAGCUGAUGCUACUAUUCAAAGUCCGUAUGGAGAAUUUCUUCCUCUGUCACGCGAGGAAGAAGAGAUUGCUGCAGAAACGUACGAAAACAUGGAUUUUUCUCUCCAUAAAACCAAGAUGGCGGUCGCUGUGAUUAGUGAUUGUCAGGACGACGUUCAAAGAUAUCGAUAUUUGCGCGAGCUAGAAAAAUAUAUUGAUAUCGAUUUCUUUGGGCGAUGUGGUAACCUUACAUGUCAAAGAACCCCUACCGCUGAAUGUAAUUCUAAUAAAUAUAGAUUUCGUAUUGCAUUUGAAAAUGCUAAUUGUAGAGAUUAUAUCACGGAAAAGUUCUGGAAAAGCCUGAAGCAGGGAAGUGUUCCAAUUGUAAAUUGGACACCUGAACAAGCUGGCAACAUUCCUAAAUCUACUUACAUUAAUAUACACGAUUUUAAUGGCGCAGAAGAGUUAGGAAAAUAUCUUAUUAUGCUUAGUACUAACAAAAAACUAUACAAGCAGUAUUUUUCAUGGAGGACACAAUAUAAACUUGAUAUUGACGAAUUAUACGCCUUUAGAUAUUUGUGCGACGCCCUUCACAAACCAAUGAUAGCUCAAACAAUAAUUAAUCCAAAUAGAUGGUUAAGGACGGAUUCAUGUAGAACCUGGUCGAUAAAAGAAGUUAUACGACGACACUGGGAUAGGUUCCUGUUUGACUUGGGUUGGUAA